AAAAAGAAGACUGGCAUUGUGCAUGAGUUCAGCUUCAGUCCAGUAGCUGGAAGGCCCGGAGCAAAAUGUGGAAGAAGAUCUUACUUUUUGGGCUUCUGGGAGCAGCUAUCCUCACUUUUGGCAUCCUGGUGGGGCAUUACGGGAUAGAGAAAUCUCCAGGAUGGGUGCGGGAUAUGUCUCGGGAUGUGGACGAGAGCAUGAUCGAGCAGUUCAUCAAAGAGGUGGACAACAAGAGAAUUGAGGAGUAUCUAAAGGAGCUGACCAAAGUGCCUCACAUGGCUACGAGCAGUGGAGAUGAGCAGCUGGUGAAGUACAUACUGGACCAAUGGAAGGACCCAAUCUCUGGUCUUGACGACGCCUGGAAGGACACUUACAAAGUGUACCUGUCGUUCCCCAGUGACACGACUCCUAACAGGGUCACCGUGGUUUCUCCAACCGACUCGGUGCUCUUCACCUCGAGACUUAAAGAGAAGAACUACACAGAGGACCAGCUGCACCCAGAUGUUGUACAGCCCUACGCUGCCUACGCCCCAGCUGGGAACCCAAAGGGAAGGCUUGUGUAUGCGAACCAGGGUAAAGUCAGUGAUUAUGAAUUCCUGAACAAAACUAUUGACCUGAAUGGCGCCAUUGCCAUUGUGAGGUAUGGAGGAGCAGGCAGAGCAAACAAGGCGAUAAAUGCUGCGCCUUUUGGAGUGAUCGGGGUCCUGGUGUACACCGAUCCCAAGGACAUUAAUGAUGGGAAGCUGUCGGAUGUAAAUGAGACCUACCCCAACUCUUGGUACCUGCCCCCAUCAGGAGUGGAACGAGGGUCUUACAAUACCUAUUUUGGAGACUUGUUGACACCGUACCUCGCAGCUAAAGAUUACACUUACAGGAUAAAGGAGGCUGAUAUAAAGGGGAUUCCACCUAUUCCAACACAACCUAUUGGGUUUGAAGAUGCCAGUGCUUUGAUCUGCAAAUUGGGUGGAUCAGACGCUCCAAGCCUUUGGCAAGGAUCAUUCAAAUGCACCUACAGGCUGGGACCUGGAUUUGAACCCAAUUCCAUCUUUAACAACAGUGAAGUUCAACUGAACGUGUACAACAAGGGUGAGCUGAAGAACUCGGACAAUGUGAUGGGGGUGAUCCGUGGCAGCGUGGAGCCAGGUGUGCUGUAUGUCCCACAGACACUUUCACACUCUCCAGUACCACCUGACACCUACACACAUUUUACAAGUACUAUCAUGCACAUACACACUCUCAGUGUAAAGCCCUUCAUACAAUCCUAUGGCGGAGGCGUGGUCAGUGUGGAGGGGGAGCCCAUGGAUGAAAGUGUCUGUGUUGCAGGGAGGUGGAGGCCGCGCAGGUCCAUCAUCUUCGGGAGCUGGGGAGCAGAAGAGUUUGGCCUGAUCGGCUCAACCGAAUACACAGAGGAAUAUUACAGCAAGCUGAGGGAUCGGGCGGUCGCUUACAUUAAUGUUGACAUCUCAGUAUUUGCUAAUGCCACCCUGAGGGUCCAGGGCUCUCCUGCUGCACAGAGUGUUGUGUUCACUGCCACCAAACAGGUGAAAACUCCUGGAUCUCCGUCUACCUCUGUUUAUGACAACUGGAUUCAGUAUUUCAACAGAAGCAGCCCUGCCUAUGGCAUCAUCCCCAAUCUGGGGUAUCUAACUGGAGCAGGGAGUGACUACGCGGCCUUUAUGCAUUUCCUGGGCAUCACCUCCAUGGACAUCGCUUACACCUAUGACAGGAGCAAAACACAGGCACGAAUCUACCCUGCGUAUCACACUGCCUAUGACACCUUUGACUAUGCAGCCAGGUACAUAGACCCAGGGUUCACCAGCCACCAGACAGUGGCACGGACUGCGGGCAAUGUGCUGCUGCGUUUGGCCGACAGCCUGGUCAUCCCUUUCAACGCUGUCGAUUACGCCGAGACCCUGGAACAGUUUCUCAACACCUCCUUGGAUAGCUAUAACACCAGGCUGAUGGAAAAAGGCAUCUCCAUGGAGCCCCUGAAGACUGCUGUGGCAAAGUUUCGCACAGCUGCUAACAGCCUGAGCAGACUCAUCCAGGACACUGACCUCACAAAGGAGACGCCACUGAGGAUUCGCAGGAUCAAUGACCAGCUCAUGUUCAUGGACAGAGCUUUUGUCGACCCCAUGGCCUUCCCAGACAAGUACCACUACAGACAUGUGAUCUGGGCCUCCAGGUCUUCUGGGGUGGUCACCUUCCCUGGGCUUGCCGACGCCUUUGCUCGCGCUGUGAGCACGGACUCAGCCAGCGACUGGGACCAGGUCCACAGGCACCUCACUAUAGUCAUCCAAACCAUAGAGGGCGCCGCGCACACACUAGAGGAGGUGAUCUAGAGGACAUCUUGCCUGGAACUGGUGCAUUCCUACUGCAUCCACACCAAAAGAUCGACUUUAUUGGUAUUGGUGUAUUGAUAUUUCAAUAAUUUAAGCUGCCUUUCUAUGUCUUAUGUUUUUUAAGUGCCUCCUUGUUUGAUAUAGAAUGUAAAAAACACUUUUAAUAACUUGCAAUAAGGGCUUCGCCCCUUGUAUUAUUUUGCAGUUCAAAUGUAUAAAGAAUCGCCUUAUCUCCGUUUAUAAACUGCAGAGGAGAUGAAGAAAAAAGACAUACACAUCUUCCUUGACAAGAGCAUCCGCUGGUUUUUCGCUAGUUUACAAACAAUAGAUUACACACUGAAGGGCUGAAACACAAAUAGUACAGCUUUAGAGGGACCUAGAGGAUGGACAUGAUCCUAAUAAAAGUUCAGUCACAACCCAGGCAUCCAUUCAGUGACGGGUUCCUUGUCUGACCGCACUCUUCCCACACCUCUCCAAGAUCCUGCUCCCUCAACGUCCUCACCUAGACCCUGGGCAGCAGUGAUCAGGGUUCUGGACUUGGAACUGAAAGGUUGUGGGCUCAAAUCCCAGCUGAGACACUGCUGUUGCACCAUUGAGCAAGGUGCUUCACCUGAAUUGCUCUACUAAAACACACAGCUGUACAGUAUAAAUGGGUGCACAUGUGUGUGGCUUUGGAUAUAAUGACUAGCAAUUUAGUAAUCUAAGAGAAGUUCUAGAGUGACAGUGGGAACUGUCACCUGGUGGUGGUGAGCCACAGUUUGUUGCCUGGCCACACUGCUGUCCAUGGUAGUGUGGUGUUUCUCGGGGGACUGCCAAGGUCAGCACCUCAUUUCACGUCCACAUGAAUUUACUUGCAACACAGUUUUGUAAAACACAAAAUCUCUUACGCCACAUCUAGUUUAAGACUGCACAUUGUCACUCUACAAUUUUUACAUUGUAUAGGGAGUAAAAAGCAUAAGAUUUGGGACAGUGAAGUAAAAUUUGUCAUUUUUGAGGUGCAAAACUAAAAUUUGGAUUUCAGACCAAAAGACAACUACGUACAACUAUGUAGAAGUACACAAUGUCACCUUUCAUUUCUGGAGAUUUUUGUGCACACAGGUUAUCCAUGUAAGAACACAAAUGGUUUGUAUUCAAUUCCCCCAUUUUAGAUGAGCACAAGAAUUGGGACAAAUUAAUGUUAAGUGAAUGAAAUGAUUGUAAAGUUAGUAUUUGGUCACCUACCUCUUGCAUGCAGAGACUGUGUCAAGUCUGCAAUCCAUCAACAUCCCCAGACUCCUGACAUGCUCCUGUGAGAUGCUUUGCCAAGCUUUAACUGAAGCCUCGUUUCUGACCUUAGUUGCCUCUUCUACAAGUAAAACGUAUGCUCAAUAGCAUUCCAAUCGGGGAACUGUCAUGGCCAGUUAAAAAAAGUUCCACUUCUUCCUGAUGAACUCCCUGGUUAAAGGUGGGUGUGGGGUUUUAAAUCAGUCCUGCUGCAUGGAGAAUUGCCACCAGUGGGUUUGCAGGCAUGUUUGUUGACAUGGGCAGACUCAAUGUUUCUGUACAGUUCAGAAUUCAUUCUGCUGCUAUCAUCAGUUACAUCAUCAAUAGAGACCAGUGAGCCAGUCCCAGGCAGCCUUGCAUGCUCAAUCCAUGGCCUCCCAGAUGAAAGGGUGUGCUUGGGAUUAUUUGCAGUUUCUCUCUUUCCCCACACUUCCACCCUUCGGUCACUUUCAGGUUUAUCUUCAUCCCGUCUGUCCCUGUUGUGCCUCACCAUUGCAUUGCUUUGAAAACUUCUGAGCCUGACCUUUUCUGUUUUUAGUGCCGAUGAGAGGUUUAGACCUUGCCGUACAGCACUUAUAACUCGCAGUGAACUGAAAUACGUCCACUCUGGAGACUGACUGCAACCUCUUUGGCUGUUACUUGAGGGCUUUUCUGUUCUAAUGCUUUUUCUGUCAUCAGCUGCUGUUGUCUCCCUUAGAUGACCUGGCCUUUGUCGAUUACCUAUGACUCCCAUUUUUUAGGGCAUUCCACAUGAUUAAUUUUGUGAUUCCCAAUCUCCAUGUGUUCCAUUUGGAAUUUUCUUUCCACUAAACUAAACACAAGUGCUUUGCUUUUCCAUUAUACUCAACCCUCUAGUCUUCACCUUGAUUGAUGUCUUCUAACUUGAGGCAGACCCAAAAAGCAAACAAAAGGCUGGAACCAAGGCUAUACUGUACGUUCACACUUCUUUUCACAACUAAUGCAACAGGGAAUCUGUAAAUAGAAACACCUGUCUGCCCUUUGUUCCAAAACAGUACUUAAACUCAUGUGACCUGGGGGAUUGAACACUGCAAAUCGCAUUGUUCGAACGUGGUUAAACUGCAUGCAAAAUAAUACCCAGGAACAAAAAAUGACUGAAGCAGGACAAAUAUAUUGACACAUAUUCAAUGUUACAGUGGUAGUGUUUAAUUGUGUAAUGGAAUGUAUGGGAUAAUUACUGGAAUUUUAAAAAAUAUGUUAACUUAGCUAUGCAGCUCUGUACCAGUCACCAAAACUGCCUCAAGAUCUGUUGAAGUAUGAUAAGAACUGACUUUGUAAAAACAAUAGUAAUAGCUUUGCUAAGAAGGCUGUUAAGAGAAGGAGUGAUUAAAUCCAAAGAACAGGAGGAAAAGCACCUGAGCCUGGAAUAAAUCAACCAGCCAUGUACUACGUGAGGCUAUACUGUAUGAAAAGAGUUGUUAGCAGUUAGUCCUGCAGGUCACCCAUGCUGUGUUGCUGUAUGUAUGGAGCUCAAUAAAGGUGGUCUCCUGCUCCUGUAUUAAAAAAAAUUCUCACAAGUCUGCCAUUCUGUACUUUUGACACACAUUAAUGCGAGUUCAUCUAAAAUACAUUUCAUUAUCACACAUCAUAAAUGACCAUUUUCACUCCAAUGCUUACACUUUUCAUUAUGCAUCAUAUUUUACCAAAGGCAUCUUUAUUUUGCUAGAUGCUUAAGAUUUUAAUCAUAAACCUCCAAGAAAUACAGAACAUGUGAAAAAAAGAACAUUUCACAGUAUUGGUCAUUAAAAGAAAAAUCAAGAUGUAAUAGAAAAGAUCUUAUUUAAUUGCUCUCAAUUUAUAAGAUUUAAAAGCUUUUUUAGAUGUCAAUUACAUUAAAGAUGAAAAUGAAAAACAA